CUGUGGGGGAAGGGAGCCUAGGUCGGUGUAGCCCCGGGGAGCGUGUGGUGCUGAGUCUGCGGGCCAGGGGGCUGCUGGUGCGCGGGCAGCGCUGCGCGGUGGCAUUCUGUGCUCAUGGACUUGCCCCUCCGGGAGGCACGCCCACAAGACAGUGCUGGGCAGGCCCCUCCCGACAGCCCGGCCCCUCACCGAGAGGAUCUCGGCAGCAAGAUUAAAGAACAAAAAAUUGUUGUGGAUGAACUUUCUAACCUGAAGAAGAACAGGAAAGUAUAUAAGCAGCAACAGAACAGCAACAUUUUCUUUCUGGCUGACCGAACAGAAAUGCUUUCUGAAAGCAAAAAUAUAUUGGAUGAGCUAAGAAAAGAAUACCAAGAAAUAGAAAACUCAGAGAAGACCAAAAUCAAGAAAUAGUCAACUUGACUUCACAUAACAAUGUGUGGCAUUUGUUGUUCUGUAAGCUUUUCUAUUGAACAUUUUUGCAAAGAUUUGAAAGAGGAUUUAUUGUGUAAUCUUAAACGACGGGGACCCAAUAGUAGUAAACAGUUGUUAAAGUCUGAUGUUAACUACCAGUGUUUAUUCUCUGGUCAUGUCCUUCACUUAAGAGGUGUUUUGACUGCCCAGCCUAUGGAAGAUGAAAGAGGUAAUGUGUUCCUGUGGAAUGGAGAAGUCUUUAGUGGGAUAAAGGUUGAAGCUGAAGAGAAUGAUACUCAAAUGAACCAAUUGAUCUUCUUAAUGUGGCUUUCAUGACUAAAGAAAAGACUGUACCAACUAGUUUUAACAAGAAAAG